GUCACAAGACACCUCUCUGUCCCUUCGCUGAGGCGAGGAGGAGGUGCACGUUCUUCGCCAUCGGCGCCUAUUAUAAACUCAUUUUCGGUGUCGGUUGUUGCGCCGCCCGGUGCUUGUUUGUUUCAAGCGCUUGAGCGAUCCAUCGCAACGCGCCGGGCUCGAUUGACACUGUCUGCUGAUCUGCGUGCUGACUGCCCAUCGCUCGCAAUAACAAGGCUGCUCGCUAAUUCCCCCUUCCAAAGAGCCUCCAAAAAAAGCCCACAGGGCAGGCAAGAAUAAGGCGUCACGGUGCCAGCAGCCCGCUAUGGCUUCGGGAGACCUUUACGAGGUGGAGCAUAUUGUAGACAAGAGGCGGAAUAAGAAGGGAAAAUGGGAGUACCUGAUUAGGUGGAAGGGCUAUGGAAGUAAAGAAGACACUUGGGAGCCAGAGCACCACCUGCUGCAUUGCGAGGAGUUCAUUGAUCGCUUCAAUAGCAUGCAGCUACAUCAGCACAAACAGCCCAAAAUUUCCAAAAGUGCUAACAAUGGCCUCCCGGCAGCCACAGACAACCCCAGAGCUCGGUCUGAAGCACAAAAGAAGAAAAAAAACUGUGAGAUGGCUGUCGGGGUUCGAGGAGGAACUCUUCUAGGGAGCGGGAGUAGAGGCUCAGGUUAUGUUCAUAAGCCGGGAAAUGGAGGCAUUGGGUCCGGCAAGCAUCCGGUGCAGGUGAAAAUUGGCAAAACCAUGACAUUCAAAACUCCUCCAAUAGGAGCCUCUCGCUUUGUGGCCCAAGCGAGGGAACCUCAUAGCGGACUCUUGAAUGGCUAUGCGGAGCCACACGUUUACAGGAGCACUUCAAGGUCACACAGAGCAUCCUCCAACAAAGCUGAUGGAGGUCUGGAUGAAAUAGUAACUACUGAAUUGGACUCACCUCUGGCCAAUGGCAAGAUGCAUUUGCACAGCUCAGUAAAACGCAAACUGGCAGAGGAGAAGUGCUACGUGUUUGACAAGCGGCUCAGGUACAACGUGCGACAGAACGAGAGCAACUGUCGAUUUCGGGACAUCGUAGUCCGGAAGGAGGACGGGUUCACACAUGUUCUCCUCUCCAGCCAAACAACGGAUAACAACGCUCUGACGCCAGAGAUCAUGAAGGAAGUGUGUCGGGCUCUGGGUAAUGCAGCUGCCGACGACAGUAAACUGCUAUUGCUCAGCUCUGUGGGGACUAUCUUCUGUAGCGGGAUAGAGCCAUCCUACCUGAUGGGCCGUCUGUCCACUGACCGCAGGAAGGAGAGCAGUCGCAUUGCAGAUGCCGUCAGGGACUUUGUGUUGGCGUACAUACGCUUCAAAAAACCCAUCGUGGUGGCAAUCAAUGGGCCAGCCCUGGGCUUGGGGGCUUCCAUCCUGCCCCUGUGUGAUGUGGUGUGGGCCAGUGAGAGAGCCUGGUUCCAGACUCCUUGUGCGGCCCUCCACCUCACCCCCUCUGGCUGCUCCUCUUACACUUUCCCCCAAAUCCUUGGUGUGGCUUUGGCCAAUGAGAUGCUGUUCUGUGGUCGAAAGCUGACAGCACAAGAAGCGUGCAAUCGAGGUUUGGUGUCGCAGGUAUUCUGGCCAACCACAUUUAAUCAGGAAGUGAUGCUACGUGUGAAGGAGAUGGCGUCGUGCAAUGCUGUGGUUCUAGAAGAAUCCAAAUGCCUGGUCAGGAGCAUCCUCCUACGUGUCCUGGAGGAAGUCAAUGAAAAGGAGUGUCAGAUGCUAAAGCAGCUGUGGUGUUCCACCAAAGGACUGGAGGCGCUCUUCAGCUACCUACACAACAAAGCAUGUGAGAAAUGACCUCAAACUAAAGACGCAGUUUAAAUGUAGGCCUUUGUUUCCGUCCAUCAGCAGAGAAGAAGCCCGGGAUUGAUUUUACUUCCAACAAAUCCUACUCGAUCAGGGUUUUAAAAGACAUUAUGGACCAUUCAGAUGAUGCGUCCACUUCCAAAAGUGCAGUUUCAUAUGAACAGGGUCCUGAUGGAUAUAAAGGGGGGAAGGGGUGUGAAAUCCAGAUUUAGGGGAGUGAAAAAAGAUUGUCCGAUUGCACUUGAAAAAGUGAUGAUAAUAUACAUGAAUGUGAAUAUACACACUUGAGUGUAAAAAGAGUUUAGAAAGUUAAGUGCUGUGGAUAAAUAAGAUCUUUAUUUUAGUUGCUUGCUGUUUUAAAGUGAAAACCAAAGUCGGCAUGAGGACGCGGUUUAUAUAUCCUUAACUUGUCCAUUCCUCUCAGGCUACCUAAGAUGUUCUUGUUGUUUUAGCAACUACACAAAACAUGAGAUUUGUCAACAAAAUAAUCCAUUAUUGGAAAGUCUGGUCAUUGUAUGGAAUUGACACUGUUGACUCAGAACAACAACAUGUCAGAUCGUAGAUGAAGUACUUCACUGUGACUAUUCAGUGAACUAGUUAAGUGAAAGAAAUUUUCAAAUGGUGAUUAAAACAAAUAUUUGCCAAAUGUAUUCUUCAAUUCACACUCUUUUCAAAGGUUUCACACAAAUAAUGGUUUUCUUUCAUAACUAUUUAUUUUAAGACACAUAAAUACUCAGAUUUGAACAUUAAGUUGGACAUUGCAUUUUAUACACAAAAUGUGUUGUUUUGUUCAAAAGAAUUUCGAUUUUAACCCAAAUUGGGUUGGUUUUUAACCCUGCAUUUUAAGCCUGGUGUCACCCCCUUCCCCCAUUUUUUUUUUUUUUUUUAUAAUUUAUAAAAACGUUUUUUCAGUCAUGGAUACAAACAUGUACUGUACUUGGUACCAAAAUAUCCAUGAUUCCCAACUUGAAAUUCACCACUAGCACAUAAAACGUCAAUGUAUUUUGCAUUAAAAAGGCAAUAUUUUGAAUCUUGAAUUUUGUGGCAUCCAAUUUUCCCUGGCCAGUGGUAUUUUUGAAGAGUGAGAUUUGAAGAGUACGACAUGCUUGUCUCACGUUUUGAACAAUUCUCAAUCUAUGCAUUGUAAUUAGCUGCGAUACAAUUUUCACGCUCAACAAAACAAGUCAACUUGAUUUCUGCUUUAACAUGUUCUUUUGUUUUUGUUCCUUGUUCUUUCCAUGGGACAGAUAUAAAAAAAACACUAAGUGUAGUGAAAGCUUGUGUAAACGUAGUGUCUAUAAAUAAAAUGAGAGUUUUAAUGAAUACACAGCAUGACGUGUAAGUUCAACAAUGGAAGGAUUUGCACUGGAUUCCAUCCCUUUCUGCCACAGAAACAUGUCCACAUUGCUUAGCUUCCAGUUUUAAGUGGAGGUGUGAAACGUAUGACGUAUGUACAAUCAUUUUUAUUGACAGUCUUUUUUCAUUGAUUGUCAAGGAAUCAAAUUGUGGUUCCACUAAUUGUCAGUGAUCAAUGUUGUGUCGUCAAGAAUUUCCGUAUCAGCACGUGAUGAGAAAAGAGAGGUUAUAUUUCAAUGUUCGUCAUGAUUAUUUUGUUUUACCAAAAAUAUGUGUAGAAGCUAUUUUGUUAAUUGAUAACUAGAGAAAAUGCAGUACAUAGUACAGUUUUAGAACAUGUAGACUGUUUGCAUGUGAGAUACUGUAAAUUCUGUGAAUGUGUGGCCUGUCCUUUUCUGGGUAAAUUUUGUACCUGCAUUGUAAGUAGCAUUGGUGGAUGUUUAUUUUUGUAUUUAUUCAAGAAAAGGUGUGCUUUGGUUCUGAGACACCCUGACUCAAAGUAACUCUUUAUUAAUUAAUCCUUUAAAAUGGAGAAACUAUUUAACAGAAAGCAUUUGAAAAGUGGCUAGAUUAUUUACACAUCAGGAUAGGUCUGACUAUAAUUACUGAGAGCAAAUGCGACUGUACAUACAAUAAUGUAAUGUUUACCGUUGAAAUGAAGAAUCUUUGUGAAUUUGUCAAGGCAUGUCGAAUCAUUUCAUAUAUGAUGUUUUAUUGAAGUUUAUUGAGAAAAUUAAUAAUUUAUGAGGCCAUUGCAGAUGAAUGAUAAUGAAAAAUAAAUAACAGCAUACUUCCACAUAAUAAAGAUAAGGUAAUACAUGA